AACCGAGCUCCCGGCGUUUGAGUGUGUGUAGCAGUGCGCGGAUAGGCCGCAUGUGAUGUGAGCUACAGUGUGCUCGUGUGCAUUGUCACCUGUGAUACAUCCUCGAGUCUCAUUUUAAUACCGUAUUUUCAUUCCUUGCGAGAAAAAAGGUUGAGCAGAAAAAUGCCCAAGAAAUCAAAAGAAGUCGCUGAGUGGGAGGGGGAUGAUGAACCACAAACAGACAAACAUGUCAAAAAAGGAAAGAAGGAUAAGCAGGGGAAGAAAAGUUUUUUUGAGGAGCUGGCAUCAGAUAAUAAACCAGAAAAAGUAGAACAGCCACCAGUGAAAGCGGCACAAGGGAAACAGCCUCAGAAGAAAAAGAAGGACAGACGGAAAUGGAAAGCGGGUGAGGAUGAGGAUGAGGAUGAUGAUGAAGCAGAGGUCAUGCAGCGCCUCAAGAAGCUGUCAGUCCAGCCCAGUGAUGAAGAUGAAGAAGAGGAAGAGGGUAAUGUCAAAAAUAGGGCUUUUUUUGAGGAGCUGGCAUCAGAUAAUAAACCAGAAAAAGUAGAACAGCCACCAGUGAAAGCGGCACAAGGGAAACAGCCUCAGAAGAAAAAGAAGGACAGACGGAAAUGGAAAGCGGGUGAGGAUGAGGAUGAUGAUGAUGAUGAAGCAGAGGUCAUGCAGCGCCUCAAGAAACUGUCAGUCCAGCCCAGUGAUGAAGAUGAAGAAGAGGAAGAGGUAGUUGCUCCAGUCAAAGGAGGAAAGAAAAACAAAGGUGGCAACAUAUUUGCUGCUCUGAGUCAGGGGCAGAGUGAUGAUGAUGAUGAUGGUGGUGCUGAUGAUGAUGAUGAUGAUGAGAAACCCCAAAGCAAGAAGAGCUCAAAGGAAGUUGAGAAGGUAACCAAGAAAAAAGAUAAGGCUAAACCUAAGAUAAUGAAGGAGGCCUCAGAGGAUGAACAAGAUGAAGAGGUGGAGAAGAAAGAUGAGAAUGAAAAGAAAGGAGGGAACAAGGGCAAGAAAGUCGCUGCUAAACCACCUAAGGAGGAAGAUAAAUUUGAAGAGAAAGAACAAGAGAAGACUCAGAAGAAAGGCAAGAAGGAACAGCCCAAGAAAGGGAAGCCUACUCGCCCUCCUCCUAGUGAUGAUGAAGAAGAGGAGGAAAAGAGUGAUGAAAAUAACACAAUAAUGAGUGCCGAGGAUGUGCUCGCGGCUGAGCUGGCUAAAGAGAAACAAGAGGACGACCCCUUUGCUAACUUGAGUAAAAAAGAGAAGAAGAAGAAAAAGAAAUUGAUGGAGUAUGAGCGGCAGGUGGCUAGUGUACGAGCUCAGAAUGCCAUCGAGGGAGACUUCUCCAUCUCUCAGGCUGAGCUGUCCUCUCGACAGGCCAUGCUGGAAAACGCUUCGGACAUCAAGUUGGAAAGAUUCAGCAUUUCAGCCCACGGUAAAGAGCUGUUUGUUAACGCCGACCUUCUGAUUGUUGCUGGGAGGCGAUACGGUCUGGUUGGACCAAAUGGGAAAGGGAAGACCACUCUACUGAAGCACAUUGCUAACAGAGCACUUAGCAUUCCUCCCAAUAUCGAUGUGCUGCUUUGUGAGCAAGAGGUGGUGGCGGACGACACUCCUGCAGUUCAGGCAGUGCUGAAGGCCGACACGCGCAGACUGAAGCUCCUGGAGGAGGAACGGCAGCUACAGAGUCGACUGGAGAAAGGAGACGACGGCGUGUCUGAGAGACUCGACAAGUGGAGGAUAACUGUGAGUAAGGGGAAGAAGAAAAGUCAGGAGGAGGAGAGCCAUGAGGCCACAGAGCUCCUCAAGAGGCCGAGAGAAUAUACCGUCAAAUUCACCUUCCCGAACCCUCCUCCGCUCUCACCGCCUAUUCUCGGCCUGCACAGUGUUGACUUUGGUUAUGCAGGCCAGAAGCCUCUGUUCAAUAAUGUGGACUUUGGUAUAGAUAUGGAUUCCAGAAUAUGUAUUGUUGGACCCAAUGGAGUUGGGAAAAGUACACUCCUCCUGCUUUUGACUGGAAAAUUAAAUCCUACAAAAGGAGAGAUGAGGAAGAACCAUCGAUUGAAAGUAGGGUUCUUCAACCAGCAGUAUGCUGAUCAGCUGAACAUGGAGGAGUCUCCCACAGAGUACCUCCAGAGGAACUUCAACCUCCAAUACCAGGAUGCCAGGAAGUGCCUGGGUCGCUUUGGGUUAGAGAGCCACGCACACACCAUCCUGAUCUCCAAACUG